AUGCCCGACAUUGAAGCCGUCACUUUCCAAAAUGGCCCGAAAUCGGAGUCACGUUUUACAGAUUCCUUAGCUCUUCUGUCUGUAGAAGAAAAGGUGUCUCUGCUUUCGGGAGCCAGCUUCACAAGUACUACCGGCGUGGAACGACUUGGUAUCCCGGCCUUGAAGGUCAGUGAUUCGAUAAACGGCGUCCGUGGCUCACAGUCGCAUCUCGAAGAUACUGGGACGGCCUGCUUUCCAAGCUCCACCUGCCUUGCCUCGACAUGGAACACAAAUUUAAUGCGAGAUUUCGGGAAAGAGGUCGCCUUCCAAGCCAAAGCGAAAUCUGUGCAGGUUGUUCUGGGACCCAACAUCAACCUUCACAGGGACCCACGAGCCGGUCGCAAUUUCGAAGCUUUUAGCGAAGACCCUCUGCUUACCGGUCAAUUAGCCGCGGCUAUCGUCAACGGGAUUCAGUCUGAGGGUGUGGGUUCUUGUGUGAAACAUUUUGUUGCAAAUGAGAGCGAGACCGUGCGCAGGCGCUACAAUGUGGAUGAGCCAGGAGAUUCCAGGACGAUGCGAGAGAUUUACUUGCGCACUUUCCAACACUUACUUCGCCGAGCUAACCCUGUUUCAAUCAUGACGGCAUAUAAUGCACUGGACGGGCGUUUCUGCAGCGAGACCCCUCUCAUCAAAAAAUUACUUCGUGACGACUGGAAAUACGAUGGUUGCAUGAUGUCUGAUUGGUAUGGUACUAAAAGUACAAUUGGGGCCAUGGAGGCUGGACUGGACUUAGAGAUGCCUGGAACAUCUGUCUUCCGUGGCUCCAAGCUUGUGGACGCAAUCAAUCGCGGAGAGAUAACGCAAGACUCACUCGAUGCUGCAGUGACCAAUGUCUUAAAAAUGAUUGAUCGGACCGCUGCGACUGAUAUUGGCAAGGAAGAAAAAUCUAUUGUCUGCGAUCGAACCAGCUCCAUGGCAUUAAAAGCUGCCUCCGAAGGUAUUGUUCUUUUGAAGAACAGCCAUAACGUUCUUCCUCUUAAGGUGACGAACAAAUCAAAGAUAGCACUGAUUGGGACAGCUGCUGUCAAGCCAUCCAUCACCGGUGGGGGCAGUGCGUGCGCCAAACCUCAGUACUUGCGUACACCUUUACAGUGCUUCCGAGAUACCUGCGAGGAUCCGGAGCAGGUGUCAUUUGCGCAUGGUAUCAAUUCUCGUUAUGCCAUCCCUUCCAUGCCCAUUGAAAUGAUGCAAACACGCGAUGGGCUUCCUGGGGUAAAUAUUGACUAUUACCUGGAUGGUGAACAGACGCCUGUCUAUUCCGAACACUCUGAGCAGCCUAACGUGGUGAUGCUUGGUAUAUUGAAGCCAGGUCUGAGUCAAAGUGGAUUCUACUAUGUCAUUGAAACCACUGUUAUGGUGAAGACAAGCGGAACCCACACGUUGGCUGUGCAGGCCACAGGAGAAUUCACAUUAUCAGUGGAUGGAGUCGAGAUUCUUUCAAAGGCUACUCCAGUCAUGUCAGUUGAAGAUUUCUUAUUCGAACCCAAAAAAUUAGAAUCCGCGAUUGAUUUCCGAAUGGAAGCAGAGAGGCCGUAUAAGGUAAUUUUGAGGACUCACUCACGCGAUACUGCUUCAGCUAACGGGGAGUUAUCUCCUCAUUCGGCAAAGUUAUGCUUCGAGGAGGAGCAUAAUGACCGUGCCUCAAUUGCAGAGGCAGUCAAGAUUGCCGCCCACUCAGAUGUCAGUGUGAUCAUCGGCGGCCGAACACAUGAACACGAGUCUGAAGGGUUUGACAUGAGAACCAUGAAGCUACCUGAAAACCAAAUCCGCCUGAUUAAAGCCGUCAGUAGCGUGUCUGAAAAAACAAUUCUCAUCUUGCACUGUGGCAAUCCCGUUGAUGUCUCAGACUUUGUGGACGAUGUUGACGUGGUCAUGGUCGCUCAUUUUCCCGGACAAGAAGGCGCACAAGCGAUAGUAGACAUCAUUACCGGAAAAACUAAUCCUAGCGGAAAACUAGCCACCACCUGGCCGAUGCGUCUGGAUGAGAGCUCUGUUCCAUCGUUUGGGAACUUUCCUGCAAAGGACUUUGGCAACGGGCCGGUGAUCCGAUACCGCGAGGGUCUCCAAAUGGGCUACAGAUCUUCCAAAACAGCACCCUUCGUUCGCUGGCCCUUUGGAUACGGUUUAUCCUACUCGGCCUUUGAGUAUGAGCACUUGGAAGUUGUUUCUCAUGAGGCAAUCAAUGAACAUACAUCGGACAAAGCUACCGACAGGGUGGUUACGAUAGCCGUAGACGUUCAAAACACUAGCGAGAGAGCAGGAUAUGAGGCCAUCCAAGUCUACAGUGAGCCUCCGGUCGACGCUCAGAUCUGGCGCCCGCGUCGUGAGCUGAUUGCGUUCACGAAAGUUUGGCUUGAGCCGAAUCAGACCAGGCGAAUUGGUCUUUCGGUUUCUCAGCGAGAUAUUAGUGGCUAUUGGGAUAGCGUCCACAAUUCCUGGCGAUCUCUCAAUGGAACCUACAAAAUUACCAUUGGGAAAUGUGCAUCUUGUCUGAAAAUCGAGGACACUGGAACUUGGAAUGGACUUUAG